AUGUCAGACGUAGGCGCCGUCGCAGGACCAUCGCGACGAUCAGUCGACCCGGUCGAGAAUUCAUCUGGACGUUCUGGCUCGGCGUCAUCGUCAUCUGAGGCGGCAGUGGAGGACGGUGAGCCCCUGGAUGCAACACAAGAUGAAGCGACAGACGCAGACGACGGCGAGAGUCGCAUCAAGCGCCACGCCUACCCUCCCAUCUCUCUCGACUGCAAACGACUCCUCAUGCGCCUAGUGGAUGAUGGUCUCCUCGACCUCAAAGGCGUAGCAAAAGGCGGGCCAAUGUCCCUUCGCACAGCCCGUCACCUCCGCUCCCUCUGGAUAGCAGGCAACCACUCCCUCGCGGAGCCCCGCAGGCAAGGUAGGCCACGCAAGCUCAGUUCUAAAGCAUUGGAUGCGUUGCGCACCAUAUGUCAGCAAGACAAGAACAUGCCACUGCAAGAUAUGCAGGACAGUAUGCACGCACAGGGUUACGGCACCAUCGACAAGUCGACUUUAUCCAGGACCAGGAAGCACUUGGGUCUGGCUACCAGGUCCUUCGUCAGGGCCAAGAAGGGGCAACCCUCCAUGAGCAAGAGGGUCAUCGAGAAGGAGAAACGCGCGAGAGCCAAGGCGGACAAGGCAGCUAGUGCACAGGCAAAGACGGUCGCUGCGGCUGCGGUGGCGGCUGCGGCUGAGCAGGAGGAAGCAGCGACUGCAGCAGCGUCGCUGGGCGCUGGUGUCAGUGCCACGAGCGAUGCCCGCGCCAAGGAUCCUGGCCGGCGUCAGCAACAUCUGCCCGACUUGUCUACCCAAGUUUUCUUCCCAGCUGGCCUUGUUCAACCUCCUCCUCCAAAUCACCAGAGGACAGAUGGAGCGAGUCAUCUUCAACGUGCUGCCAAUGCAGCGUUCGAUGCCUUCUCGGCGACUUCCGCACCCGCGCCCAAUUCAAGCCAAAGCCUCCCCUUCUCGUAG